CACAAGCCACAAAGAUAUAUCAUAUCAUCUCAUCUCAUCAGGAGUCAAGACUGCGACACAUAGUGAAGUGAAGCCCACUUAGCUAGCUUGCAAUUGAGAUCUUGCAGAGAAUUGUGAAGAUCUAGAGCUAUAGCCAUGGCUCUGCAAGUGCAAGGCCUUGUGGACUGGAGGGGAAGACCGGUUGAUCCCAGGAGGCAUGGUGGUCUGAAGGCAGUAAUGUUCAUCUACGUCUUGAUUGUGAUGACCAACAUGGGGAACAUUCCCACUAUGCUAAACAUAGUGAGCUACCUGCAUGGCACAAUGCACAUGGGCAUCGCCGAUGCCUCCACCACCGCCGCCAACUUCUACGGUGCAAUCUGUGUCUUCUCCUUCCUCGGCGCCUUCAUCUCCGACUCCUACAUCAAGCGCUUCUACACCAUCCUCAUCUUUGCUCCCAUCGAAAUUCUGGGAUACAUGCUGCUAGCAUGCCAAGCGCACUUCCCGUCGCUGCACCCGCCGCCGUGCGACGCCGCCGCCGGCCAAUGCGCGGCGGUGAGCGGGCGGAACCUGAGCCUGCUCCGGCUGGGCCUGUACGUGAUCCCGCUCGGCGAGGGCGCGCUGCGGGUGUGCGGGGCGGCGCUGGGUGGCGACCAGUUCGACGGCGGCGAGGUCGGCGGCGACGACCCGGCGGCGGCGGCGGCGGCGGAGGCCCGGGGGAAGGCGAGCUUCUUCAACUGGUUCGCCUUCUGCAUCUCGCUGGGGGGGCUCGUGGGGCUCGUGCUCGUGGUGUGGGUGCAGAACAACGAAGGGUGGGACCUCGGAUUCGCGCUCGCCGCGCUCAUGGCGCUCGUCGCCAUGGCCGUCGUCCUCGCCGGCCUCCCCUUCUACCGCCACCGCGUUCCCACCGGCAGCCCGCUCACCAGAAUCCUCCAGGUUUUUGUGGCGGCGUUCAGGAAGAGGAACGUCACGAUGCCGGAGAGCUUGGUGGAAAUGCAGGAGUGUUCUGACGGCUCGACCAUCGAGCUGCUGGAUAAAACUCCAGACUUCAAGUUCCUGGACAAGGCGGCGGUGGACGACGGCGACCGGCGGCGAUGGUCGGCGUGCACGGUGACGCAGGUGGAGGAGGCGAAGAUCAUCCUCCGCAUGCUCCCCGUCUUCCUCACCUCCGUCCUCGGCUACGUCCCCAUCCCUCUCCUCCUCACCUUCACCGUGCAGCAGGGCGGCGCCAUGGACACCCGCCUCGCCGGCACCAGCGUCCCGCCGGCGAGCCUCUUCGUCGUCCCCAUCGUCUUCCAGAUGCUCAUCCUCGUCGCCUACGACCGCGCCGCCGUGCCGUGGCUCCGCCGCGCCACGGGCUACGCCGCGGGCGUCACCCACCUCCAGCGCGUCGGCCUCGGGUUCGCGUCCAGCGCCGCCGCGCUCGCGCUCGCAGCCGCCGUGGAGUCGCGCCGCCGCCGCUGCCUCGGCGUCGCGGCGCCGGCCAUGUCGGUGUUCUGGCUGACGCCGCAGUUCUUCCUCCUCGGCGUCAUGGACGUCACCUCCUUCGUCGGCCUCCUCGAGUUCUUCUACAGCGAGGCGUCCGCCGGCAUGAAGUCCAUCGGCGGCGCCGUCUUCUUCUGCAUCCUCGGCGUCGCGUCGUGGCUUGGCGGCGCCCUCAUCCAGGCGGUCAACCGCGCCACCGCCGGCGGUGCCGGACACGGCGGUUGGCUCGACGGCGCCGACCUCGACGCCAGCCACCUCGACCGGUUCUACUGGCUGCUCGCCGUGUUCGAGCUCGUCGCCUUCUUCCUCUACCUCUACUCCGCAUGGAGGUACACGUAUAGGCAUCAUCCACGUGUUCAGCCAUCAAUGGAGGAUGCCAAGGUAUCCGCGACAGCGACGACGACGACGAAGAAAGCCGAGGUUUGAGUGACAGUUGAAUCUACUACCUCCGUCUCAGGAAUGUAGCUAUUUCUGGCUAUGAAUCUUGGACAUGUUUUGUUUUCAUGGUUCAUAGUUGAAGAUAGCUUUAUUUUAGAACGAAGGUAGUAAAAUGAAAGCUGUGAUGGCUCUAUGUACCAUAGAAAAAAAAUGUUGUAGCUAAUGAUCCUAUAGGUGAUGAUGAGACAGUAGUGUGGGUUUGAACCCUUUGAUUGAGAAAUGGAUGGCUGAGAUUGCGUGCGGUUAGUGUUGUGCAGUCACAAUAGCAACCGCACUGUAACUCAGUCCAGUGUUACAGAGAGGCUCUCGUAUAAAUGUUAGUAUUUUGAAUAUUUCAUGUUUUGGAUUGAUAUAAUCUAAUAAAACUGAAAAGAUCGUUGGUGGAUAUUA